GGCUCAGCAGCAUCAGAGGAGGAUCUGGCAAAGGCCAUGGAAGGGCUGGGGCUGGAGGAGGGCAGCGGGGAGGGCGGCGUGCUGCCCGUGGUGCAGAGCGUGCUGCAGCACCUGCUGAGCCGUGACGUGCUCUACCCCUCGCUCAAGGAGAUCACCGACAAGUACCCUGAGUGGCUGCAGCGGCACCGGGCGGCGCUGCCGGAGGAGCAGUACGAGCGUUACCGGGCGCAGCACGGCGUCAUGAGCCGCAUCUGCCAGCAGCUGGAGGCCGAGCGACCCGAGGACAGCGAGGGGGACAGGAGGGCGCGCUUCGAGGCCGUGCUGGAGCUGAUGCAGCAGCUGCAGGAGCUGGGGCACCCGCCCAAGGAGCUGGCUGGCGAGGCGGUGAGUGUCCCCCAGUGUCCCCAGCUGUCCCUGGAGGUCUUUUCCAUGUUGUCCCCAACUGUCCCCGGCUCUCGACCAUCCCUGGUUGUCCCCAGCAGUCCCUACUUGUCCCUACAGGUCUUUCCAACUGUCCCCACGUGUCCCCCAGCUCUCAGCCAUCCCAGCUGUUCCCUGCCGCCCCCCAGUUGUCCCCAACCCAUGAGUUCCCAGUUGUCCUUCAACCAACCAUUCCCAGUUGUCCCCAGCUGUCCCCAGCGGUUCCCGACUGUCUCCAAUUGUCCCCUGCAGUCCCUGACU